AUGCUCUCCCUCGCCGCCGCGGGUGCGGUCUACCUCACCACCGACAACCUCGAGGAGACGCUGCAGCGGUCCAGGGACUCCGCGGGCCGCGUCGUGGAGCGGAUGCGGCACACGUGGACGGCCGCGCGGGUGCUCUGGAAGUCGCUCCUGUCCGUGCUCUCGUCCGCCAACCAUGAGGUGCGCUCUGGGUUCGAGCUGCGGGUCGCCGCGCUGCUCGCCGACAUCACGGCCGCCAGCGCCGCGCGCCGCGCGGCCAUCGUCUCUUCGGGCGGCGGCGCCGUCCUCGACUGGCUGCUCGAGAGCGUCGUGCGGGGGGCCACGCAGGCCGAGGCUGCCAGGGCGCUCGCGCACCUGGUGGCGGACCCAUGGGUCGCGUCCGCCGUUCUCGGCCGCCUGCACGCCGUGCCAUGCCUUCUCCAGUUCAUCUUCUCGUACCAGCCCACGUGCGGCAAGAAGGUUGGUCGUAGAAGCUUGGAAUUGGUGAUUAUGUGCUGUAGUUGUAUCCAAUUUGUGAUUGUUGCUGUAACCACUCCACGAAUCAAUAUAUUAUACUAA